AUGUUACCUCUCGGCCUGGACGCGCUAGAUCAGCAAGCUGCUGCUCUCUGGAAGACUCUCGAUGAGCUAGCACAACAGGACCCCCUGCAAUACCGAGCUUUUAUUCAGCAGCAGCUGCAGCUGCAGCAGCAGGUGCAGCAGAUCGAACAGCAGCCAGCUAUCCAACAGCGUCGAGGUGACUCAGCAGGCGCCUCUGCUCCGCCACAAGCAGCAGUGACAGAUGCAGAAGCAGCGGAGGCAGCUCUAGUUACGCCCGAGCUUGCGGCAUUUACCCCAACGCCUGGCUUUGUCUUCAGACUCCGCAUACAUCUGUUGCAGCAGCAACAGCAGCAUGAGCUGAUUCGUGUGAUUACCGAGCCACAAGACAAAAACAGCAGCCUCAACGGCAGCAAGGGCUCUGCGGAUGUGUGGCGGCAGCUGGAUUACUUUAUCAAUGUGUGCUGCUCUACAAAUAUCAAGCCUCCUGAGCAACGCACCAGCAGCAAACUGCCUGCUACGGCUGCCGAGUGGCAAACGGCAAAGAUUACUGUCAGCAUUGGCAGUCGGAGGGUUCUGCCCCCAAAAGAAUCCAGCCUUGAUGGCAGCAAUAGCAGUAAUAGCAGCAAUAGUAGUAGUAGUAGUAGCAGCAGCAGCAGAAAGAGCAGCCACAGGUCCAGCGAGCUGCUUAAUGCUGGUACAGAUAACUCGCGCUUAUCUCCCUUGCUGGCCGUGGUCGGCAGCAGCAGCACCAGCAGCAGCACCAGCAGCAGCACCAGCAGCAGCAGCAAUAGCAGCAAUAACAAGGGCGAUGGCAGCAGCAGCAGCAGCAGCAGCAGCAGCAGCGGCAGCAGCGCGAAUUCAGCUUGCAGCAGGGUAGUUGUGGACGUAGUGGUACACCCAGCAGCUGUGAAGGAGGCCCGUGCCAAUCCGCGUUUCAAGUGUCUCCUCAGCUCUUUGUGUUUGCAACAGUUACUUCCGCUGGAGGAGAUGUUGGCACGCCAGGAGCAUCAGCAUCAGCAUCAGCAGCAGCAGCAGCAGCAGAUAGAUGAGGUUCUGCGUCUUCCUGGGGGUAGCACUGUCUCGGUACAUGCCGCGGGGGGGGUAUCACGAGCAACAGCGAAAAGCAUAGCAGGAGCUGGGCAGAGUGCAGCAGCAGCAGCGGCUGCAUGCACAGUAACGGUGAACCCCCUACUGGAAACGUUUUCUUUCCCGAAACUUUUGUACAAGGGAUCGAAGCAGCCUCAAGAGCACUUGCCGCAAGUCGCCUGUCUCUCUCCUGCUGCACGAGCUGCUGCUGCUGCUGCUGCUAAAGAAGCUGCUGCUGCUGCUGCUGCUAAGGUGGGGUCUGCGCUUGCAGCCGCUGCAGCUGCUGAGUCUCAGUCUCAAAGGCAGGAGGUAAGUGUUCAUCUGCCAUCACGCAAGGAGGCGGAGCAGUUGCGUCAACAGCAGGAAGAGCAGCACCAUCAGACACCGCUGAGCUUCGAUCCGCUUCAAGCAUUGCGGCAACAACAACAACACCUCGAGGGGAAGCCAGCUGCCGCUGCAAAGGGGGCCUCUCUCAUCGAAGUGAUAGGCGGAGAAACUGAGGCACCAGAAUCCCCACACAAGCAAGAGCAGCAUUCGGAGCACCAACCACUUCUAAGUGCUACGACCACAAGACGGUUCCGCAGAUCAGAGGCUUCAGCAACUGUCAGCACCGAAAGCGCUAGCAGUUCCGCAGCAGCGCAUGCAGCAGUGCAUCGGCAGAUGCAGCGUGAGAAGGAUUGCCUACAGCAGCAAACGCAGAAAGAGGAACCAGACCCUCUUGCGACUACAAAGCCCAUGCUGCAGCACUGCUUUUCGCAGCUGUUGCAAGAGCAUCAGGCGCAGCUGCAGCCCGCAGCAGCAGCCAACUACACGCUAAGUUUGCACAUUUCGGAGGGGGGGGUGCCAGAGUUUCGGGUUGUUUUCGCUGCUGCAGUCGCUCCAGAUACACUGGAAAUCCUUUCUGCGUCAGACAGCUCUAGCAGCAGCAGCGGCAGCAAUGUGCUAACCGUGAAGGGGUGUUUUGCCGUCUCUGGGGAAGCCUUUGAGUUGGCGCUGCCGUGUGCCUUUGAUGCAACGCACGCUGUUGCAAAGUACAGACAAAAGAAGAGACAGCUUUCUCUCUUCUUUCCUCUUAACGGGCAAAAGCAGGAAGUCACACACUAA